AUGGCGCCAUCAUACAAGAACUCCGAGGCCUACCAGCGCUACCGCACCGCCGGCCGUCCCUCCGCAAACAAGCUGCCUGUUUUGCAGCAGAAUAAUGAUGGCCGCUUUAUGAUCAUGUCUGGAGAGCUGUACUGCCGCUGGCGAGAGAAUGGCAGGCUCUGUGUCUAUGAAGACAUCUUUUCAAGCGAGAGUGCGCUGCACCGGCACUACGAUAUGGCCCACGAGGCACUGGUUAAGGACCGUACCUCUGGCCGCAACAAAACCAAGCAGGAGAUGAAGUUGCGCCGCUGGUACGAGGACAUUAUGGAGGGCAGGAGGCCAACCUGGCUCCCGCGCAAGCCUCUGGACGGCUCUGCAGCCCCCCCGGGCGUGGCAACCUCGCCGCCUCGCCGCCGUGGUCAACACCACGAUACUUCGCAGUUCGCGCCGCCCUCUGAUUCUGAUUCGGAGGAAGAGAACGAGCCAGUCGAGUCCUCUGAGGAGGAGGAGGAGGAGGAGGAGCGGGAGAUCCCCGAAGAGGAUCUGCACCGGCUGCCAAAGAAUGACGAUGGCAGCCUCGAUCUGGAUGCCAUGCAUGAGAAUGCAGGCUAUGUUUUCCGCACCAUUCGUUGCCCACACUGCACGGCCAAUGAUGAUGAGUGCCCUGGCCCCCUGCCCGACCCUGAUUGCUCAGUUUAG